AAAGCGGUCGAAAGCUGAAUCAGGCCAUGGCAUCAACUGGAAGGGCAGUGGCUACUACUAGUCGUGCUGUAGGGGGAGCCCUGUCCCAGGCAAAAGGAGCAUUUUCAAAUUGGUGGAGUAAUCUUCUGGUAAGUCCCGAAAUUCAGAAAGGAACGGAGGCAACAAACGAAAGCAUCAAUAACGAUUUAAAUCCAACAGAGAGCGUAAAAGAAGGUGAAAACUUAAAAAAUAAGACAUGCACCCAAGACAUUCCAAAUACGGUUAGCAGUAGACUAGGUAAUGGAAAUCUAAUUGUGGAAAACGAGAAUAUUAUAAUGGAGAACAAAAAUAUUUGUUCGUACUCGGAAAAUAAGUUGUUAGUAAAGGAAUCACUCAAUAAUUCUGUAACAGAAAGGAAUUUCGAAAAUAAAAACAAAACUGGCCUCACGGAUAGUAGUUCAGAGAAAUUUAUUAUUAACGAAAAAGAAACAGAAAAUAAACUGGCUGAGUUUGAGUGUAAGAAUGGCGAAAAUGUGAGUCACAAAAUUGGUGAAAUUCAUACAGUUUAAAAAGAAAAGAUAGCUAGUAAAUCGUACAAUUUUAUGCUUGAUAUUUAAAAUGAAAAGGCCAAAGGACUAUAAGCAUGACAGAAAUGUCAGUCAUAAUUACAGGAUAAAUAGGUACUAUGGAAAUAGUAACCGUUUCAAACUAACGCAUAAUUAGGGCUAUGAAACUUUCCUUGAUACCUAUUUGUCUUAAAAGUGAUACUGUUUUAAUACCUUAAGGCCUUUUGUUUAUUACGCUGCCGAUUAUAAGAUACAAAGAUAACAAAAAGAAAUAAUACAAUUUCUAAUUUUAUUAAACAGUAUCAUUUUGUGUUCUAGUUUCUGAUCUUUUUAGCCAGAAUACAAGCAAUCUAAGUCUGUUAACACAAGUUUCCUUAAUUAGUUUUGAGUUAAUCAGCGUAAUGCGAUUUUUUUCUUCAUUCUUUGUCUCUUUAACGUUAUUAUAUAUCACCUCAAAUUUACUUCCUGUUUCGAACUGAAAUUAAACAAACGUAAUAUAUAAAUAAAAGCCAUUUUCACCAUUUUUUUCUACCGAUAGCUAUAUAAAAAGGAAAACAAUAAAUAAUACAUAAUAUAUUAGCUAAAGGCAUAUAAAAUGUACCUACUUGCAAUAGUUUUUCUACAUUAUGAAAGUAAAAAUAGAUAUAUAUUAAAUGAGUAGAUUUGGAAUAGCAAGAGGAUCAGUAAUGAAUUUAGGAAUUAUAUUAAUACACAAAUAUUUCUAACUGUUUUAAUACAUACAGGGGCAAAAAAUGACAAAAUAAAAUUGUAAUAUAAAGACUGUUAGGUCACCUAAUCUUCGCAUUUCUCUACAACUAUAACGUCAGACAUCCCUAGCUAACUCUUUAGAAACAGUAAUCUGUUGUAUGCCCAUUUCUGCCCCUAUUUACUCCUGUUUCUACUCCUAGUACGUCUCCAACUGGUUCUUAUGCAUCAAAAGGUGUCCUGUAAUCCUCUCCUCAUUUCUUCUGUUCUCCCAUCUUAUCCAAUAUCACUUUUUUUGUCCACGAUACUUUUAGCAUCCCCCUAUAACACCACCAACUUUUUUUCUGACUUGUGACUUCCUUGGUAUCGAAAAUCAGC